AUGUACGUUGAUUGCCCAGAAUCAAAGAACUACCAGUACGUCCUGGCAUUUGUAUUUGCUGUGGAGGAAAUCAACAAGGAUCCCCAUUUCUUACCCAACAUCUCCCUGGGAUUUCGCUUGUAUGACAACUAUUACAGUGGAAGUCAAACCUAUGAGAAUGUCAUCAGUCUACUGUCUGAGAGGGACAAGCUCGCUCCAGUUUACAUACCUCUCUAUGGAAGCUGGCCCUACUAUGGUUAUGGUCAGUCAUCAUACAACAUGAAGAACACAAGAAAAGUCAGAUUAUUUCCCAAUUACAAUUGCCAAAGCCAAAAGAAAAUGGUGGCUGUCAUUGGGGCCCAAACAUCAGAGCUAUCUGCUCAGGUGGCCAACAUGCUGGGGAUGUACAAGAUACCACAGCCACCAUAUUCUGUGUGCAGCCAUAAAUGUUCACCUGGGUUCUGGAAGAUACCUUUGAAGGGCAAAUCCAAAUGUUGUUUCCAGUGCAUUGAAUGUCCCAGAGGGAAAAUAUCCAGUAAGACAGGUAGGAUAGCCCUUAGAUAUAAUAUGGAUUAUUGUGUGGAUUGCAAAAAGGACCACCAUCCAAACAACAGAAGAAAUAAGUGCAUCCCGAAAAACAUCACCUUCCUUUCCUAUGUGGAACCUUUAGGAAUUGCUUUAACUUUCACUGUGUUAUUUUUUUCAUUCUUAUCUGUGCUGAUAUUAGGAAACUUUAUCAGAUGCAGAGAGACUCCCAUAGUCAAAGCCAACAACCGGCAGCUCAGCUAUAUCCUCCUCUCUUCCCUCAUACUUUGCUUUGUCUGCUCUUUGCUCUUCAUUGGACAACCAAGUAAAACGACCUGCCUUCUUCGCCAGGUAGCCUUUGGGAUCAUUUUCUCUGUCUCUCUUGCUACAGUCUUGGCCAAAACCAUCACGGUGGUUCUGGCCUUUAAGGCCACAAAGCCAGGCAGCGGUGCACGAAAAUGGCUGAGACCUGGAGUUUCAUACUUCUUUGUGAUGGUAUGUUCUCUCAUUCAGGCUGUGAUUUCCAUGGUCUGGUUGGGAACCUCCCCUCCAUUUCCAGAUGCAGAUUUCUACUCGGAGCCUGGACACAUCAUUCUGGAGUGCAAUGAGGGCUCACCCAUUGCCUUCUAUUCCAUUCUGGGCUACAUGGCUGUCUUGGCUUUGGUGAGCUUCAUUGUGGCUUUCCUUGCCAGGAAGCUGCCUGAUGUGUUCAAUGAAGCCAAGUUCAUCACUUUCAGCAUGCUGGUUUUCUGCACUGUUUGGAUAUCCUUCAUCCCAGCCUACCUCAGCACCAAGGGGAAAUAUAUGGUGGCUGUAGAAAUCUUUUCUAUUUUGACCUCUAGCGCUGGGCUACUUGGCUGCAUAUUUUUUCCAAAGUGUUAUAUUAUUCUACUCUAUCCAAAUAAGAACCAGAUAGCACAAACAACCAGAAAACAUUUGCAGAAAUAA